ACAGGAGAGAAACCUUAUUCUGGAUUCAAAUUUUAUAUUGGAAUAGUCAUUUUAGUAAUCUGCUUUACUGGAUUCAUAGGGAAUGGAGCUGUCAUCUGGCUUCUUGGAUUCUGCAUUAAGAGAAACCCUUUUACCACCUACAUCCUUAAUCUGGCUGUUGCUGAUGUUGGAGUCCUCACUGCCAUUGCUUCCCGUUAUAUUUUAAUACAUACGAGAGGGGAAAUGUUUCUUCUGUUUCUUUGUCUGUAUCUAUUCCUAUUUAUGUUCACCACUAGUCAAAUUCUUCUGACAAGUAUCAGCAUUGACAGGUGUGUGACUGUCCUCUUUCCAAUGUGGCAUCGCUAUCACCGACCAACGCACUUGUCCACCAUUGUGUGUGCCUUCAUCUGGCUCCUCUCCUUCCUGCUUUCUGCAGUUAUCUUAAUUCUUGAUGUAACUAAUUCCUUUGUAUAUAAUGACAAAAUAUUCUACUGCUUUCUUAUAACUUCUCUCUUCUGUCUCCCACUCAUGACUAUUUCAGCUGUGACUCUUUUCAUCAAAGUCUACUGUAAAUCCCACCAGCGGCAACGACAAAAACUUAUGACGAUUUUACUAACUCUCCUCUUCUUCGUUAUGUUUGAUUUCCCAUUUAAUACCCUUCUUCUCAUUCAUUUAUCUUUUGAAGCACUGCCUUCCUUUUUCUUCACAUGGAGCUAUUUGUGUGCUUGCCUAAACAGCAGUGUUAACCCACUGAUCUAUUUCCUAGUUGGGAAAAAGAAGGGAGGCCGUUCUAAGGAAAGCAUGAAGCUCAUCCUACAAAGGGUUUUGAAUGAAGAGGAAGACUGCAGACAUAAAAUGGAAGACAGAAUCUUCUGA